GGAUCACUCGCGCGGCAACCCUAGGCGAGAUUGCGAGGCGGGCGCCGCCGCCUCCAUAAGUAGGCGGCGCCGAAUCCCUCGUCGGCUGCUGCUACUUCCACUAGGGUUUCGUCUUGCUUCUCCCGCUGCUCGCCUCGCCUCCUCGACGAUCUGAGAUCAUCGAGAUCGAUUGAGUGGAGCUAGGCGGCGGCUAGGGCGAGAUGGCGCUCGUAUUGCAUGCUGGCAGUGGAAACAAGAAUGCAUUCAAGGCACUCAUUGCUGCCGAGUACUCUGGUGUCAAGGUUGAGUUGGUGAAGAACUUUCAGAUGGGUGUCUCCAACAAGACACCUGAGUUUCUCAAGAUGAAUCCUAUUGGGAAGAUUCCUGUUCUAGAGACUCCUGAUGGUCCUGUUUUUGAGAGCAAUGCGAUUGCACGAUAUGUUACCCGCUCGAAGGCUGACAACCCACUCUAUGGGUCUUCACUGAUUGAAUAUGCCCACAUCGAGCAGUGGAAUGACUUUUCGGCCACAGAGGUUGAUGCUAAUAUUGGAAAAUGGCUCUACCCACGGCUAGGAAUUGCUCCCUAUGUUGCUGUGAGUGAGGAAGCAGCUAUUGCUGCUUUGAAGAGAUCAUUGGGUGCCCUCAACACACACCUUGCAUCAAACACAUACCUUGUUGGCCAUUCGGUGACUCUUGCUGAUAUUGUGAUGACCUGUAACCUCUACAUGGGCUUUGCUCGGAUCAUGACCAAGAGUUUUACUUCUGAGUUCCCUCAUGUUGAGAGGUACUUCUGGACCAUGGUUAAUCAGCCAAACUUUAAGAAAGUCUUGGGUGAUGUGAAGCAGGCAGAGUCUGUCCCACCAGUUCAAAAGAAGGCUCCACCACCAAAGGAGCAGAAGCCAAAGGAAGCCAAGAAAGAGGCUCCAAAACCUAAGGCAGUUGAGAAACCAGAGGAGGAAGAGGAGGCACCAAAGCCAAAGCCAAAGAACCCUCUUGAUUUGCUCCCUCCAAGCAAGAUGAUCCUUGAUGAGUGGAAGAGGUUAUACUCAAACACAAAAACAAAUUUCCGUGAGGUUGCUAUCAAGGGUUUCUGGGAUAUGUAUGACCCAGAAGGUUACUCCCUGUGGUUUUGUGACUACAAAUACAAUGACGAGAACACUGUGUCCUUCGUGACCAUGAACAAGGUUGGUGGGUUCCUGCAGCGAAUGGACCUGUGCCGCAAAUAUGCUUUCGGGAAGAUGCUUGUGAUCGGCUCUGAGCCGCCAUUCAAGGUGAAGGGUCUUUGGCUCUUCCGUGGCCCCGAGAUCCCCAAGUUCGUCAUGGAUGAAGUCUAUGACAUGGAGCUCUAUGAGUGGACCAAGGUUGACAUCUCAGAUGAGGCCCAGAAGGAGCGCGUCAGCGCCAUGAUUGAGGACCUGGAGCCAUUUGAGGGCGAGUCGUUGCUGGAUGCGAAAUGCUUCAAGUGAGGCGUCGUUGGAGCAAGGAUACCGUGGAAAAUGAGCUAUUUAGGUUUUGGAUUUACCCUUCUACAAUAGUUCAUGAUUAUGAAAAAAAAAAUACUAUCACCAUGUGGCUAUAUUAGUCAAUAUUGAGUGUGCUGGUCUUUUCUUUUUGUACUGUUUGCUAGAGUUUUGGCCCUUUUUAACCUUGUAGUUAAGUUGUUAAGACACUUAUCCAUCGAAUCAUCGUCAGAAACACACCAUUCGAAUCUGCUGUUGCUCAUGUGUUAAACUUGCCAUUCUGAUAAUGUUUUGGAAAUAGGCAACAAAACGAGUUAUGGUGCUGGGUUAUUUUAUGUAUUUUAUUCUGUUGUUCA